GUUGCAUUCACUCUCGUUCAUUUACGAAUAUAAUUAGAAUUGUGAAUUAAGAUGCACCAUAUGCGAAUAAAGUUCAAUUUAAUAUCAUGCCGAGCACACCAUUGUCCACUCGAAGUAUGUAUGCAACUGUUAAUCAUCGAUAAAUACUUUUCAUCGUUAAUACAUACAACGUUACUAAUAAAUUAUCGCGAAAACAUUGUAAGCAAAUAAAGCUGAAAAUUUCAAAAGGAAAGUGAACAAAGUUAUUCAUCUUAUCGAUCGAUCCGUUAGGCUUCUUUUGGUACUAAACUGCAUGCCGUCAGUCGAUAAAGUCGAACAAAUUAACCGAAGUGGGUAAAGUCGGGUUAGAUAUUCGAAAUCUUUUCGGUUAUUCCAGUCGAUCGAAUUGAUUUUCAUUUCACAGAUUACUAUAGAUCCGAAAGUGACGUGUCCGUUAUGAAGUUAAAGCGACAAGCGAAUGCGCGCAAACGAACAUGUUAAUAAACGCAUAAUGAGCAACGAAUCGAACAAUGACGAAGAGAUGGUCGACGAUGCGAAAGAACAGAAGAAAUUUCCUGUCGGAAUAGAAGGGAAGAACGAGGACGAUCGGUUUGAAAGUUCCACUUACCCCUACAACUUAUUCGACGAAGAGGAAGAUGAGGGUGCGUCGAAACUCGACAAGGAAUGGGACGUCGACGGAGAAGAAAAAUCCCUGUCCAGAGAGACGAUCGAUUGGGAGAAGGAGGCCAAGAGAACGGUGCAGCUCGACAUCGAGCCAAGGCCAAGACGUAGAACCAUCUACGAACUCGAUUCGUACGGGGCUUCCGGUCCUUCGGCCGUCGACAUCCUCAAACUGAAUUCGAUGGACACUGAACCGGAGCCACCGAAAGAAUUUCGAUACUCGACAUCAAUGGGUAUGCCAGGAAUAGCAAGGAUAAAUUUAUCGGCGUUGACGCAAAAAGUGAUCGGUUGCGUGAUAGGAGAGAACGUUAGCACAGAGUACCCCUGGGUGUACGUCAGAAAGGAGAUUAUCGAAGACAACAUAGAUCUUCACGAAGAGAGCAGUGAUUUCCUGCCGGUGAAAGAGGAAAUUCGCGAGUUUCCGGACGAGAAGAUACUUAUCGGUUACGUGCCGUCGCUGACCGAAGAGGGUCAAUUUUACAUCUGUUUGACUCCCGAGGGGCAAGACGCUGUCACGGAGUACAUCAGAAAGGAGAGGGAGGAGCACGAGAACCGCGUUAGGAACACGGUGUACAAACCAUUGGGCCAAUGGGAGGAACUCGGGAGUAGCGUUGAAGUCGAGACCACUAUCGUCACCAAGACGAGACCGCUGUUAGAGAUCGAGUACGUAUCUGCCGGUGACAUGCUCAACGUACAAUUGGAUCUGGUGGACAGAGCAGCGGACGAUCGGAAAGACGGAUACAUCGAACUCCUUCCCUAUCGGCAGACCUUUGAAAAUAUUUCACGGAAAUUGAUGUACAAUGCGUCCCAGGUAACACCGAACGUCCGGGACGUCGAUGCUCAGACGAUCGUCUCGACGGCCGCGAACUGCUGGAGUCAAUACGGAUACGAGUACGAGUCUCCGGACAUUUCGUCCUUCACCGAGGAACAGUUGGAUCAGUUCCGAAACUUUCUGCGUCGUUUCACGAACGAACUGUGCGACCAAAUUCUGUUGAACGCUAUGUGGGACAUUUACACGAACGAUUACAUGAAUUUGGUGCGGGACGUAAGGGACACGCAAUGGUCUGUCCCAGAAAGAUACAAGGAACACUUGAGCUUUCACGACGGUACCCGUGUGGUAGAGAAGGUGAUCAACGAUCUUUCGUGGCAUCCAUUGUGGACCGGGGUUCUCUUCGCCGCGUACACGCGGUAUUCCAAGAGUCAUCGUCUAGUUGGCCCUAAAUCAUACGAGGAUAUAUUGAAGACCGACGACGACAAUUACGUCCUGGUGUGGUCGUUCAAUGAUACCUUAACGCCAAAAUUGAUUCUAGAAUGCCCAAGGGAGGUGACUGCAGUCGCCACGAAUCCAUUGGACGCGAAUCUGAUCGUAGGUGGCUGCGGGAAUGGGCAGAUUGUAAUUUGGCAUAUCCCCGGGAAAAUCGAGCAGAUCGAGACGGUGAUCGUGCAGACUCCGGCUCAAGUGAAGUACAGGCUCGCUAUAAGGAAUCUGACCACGUGGCUGCGACAAGUAUCCGCGACCCACGCAAUUAAACCUACCGCGGUGUCCUCCUUGAAAGAAAGUCAAAAAGGCUCCAUAACUCACAUAUCAUGGCUCUCGUCUUACGAUGCCGUCGAUGAGAACGGCGCGAUAAGAUCGUUACCGGAGGAUACUCCGAUAGACGAUUUAAGCGUUCAGUUCGUUACCUCGAGCGAAGACGGAACAAUCGCGUUCUGGGAUCUGAAGCGACAGAAAUUCGAGAAAGAAACGCAACGGAUCACGAAGAGAAAGGGAACGAUCAAGCGGCCCGAGACGUUGCGAUCCGCAUCGCCGUACAGACAUCUCGAUCGUAUCUUCCGACCGCACUAUUUACUGCUGGUCCAUCAUCCGAAUGUCAGUCGUAGGGUGGCAAUUUCCACUCUCAGCAUCUUCGUGCCGCAAUUCGAGAAGAAGCGAGUCGAUCUCGCCCCACCCACGAGGGACAUUACCAUUAGAAGGUUCUUUAAAAACAUAGUCGAGAAACCGGAUUACGAAACGCUGCCGAGCAUAUUCGUUGGCACCGUUGAAGGUGAUUUCGGUUGCGUCAGCUGGAAAGGAUACGAGUUCUCCACCGGUGUGACCGUUAACACUGAAACUUGCGAAUGGUCCUGGUGCAAGAAGGUACACGAUGGCCCGAUAACUCACGCCAUCAGACCUGGAACGUUGAACGAUGUUAUAGCGACGAUAGGCGGAAAGAUAUUUGCCAUUUGGAAGGAUACCUUCGAUACGCCAUUGAUGUGGAAAAAAUCAACUGUCGGAUACACAGCCGGUUCAUGGGGCAGUUUCCGUCCCACGGUUUUGAUCCUGGCAAGAAUGGAUGGAAGCAUCGAGAUUUGGGACUUUAUAGUGAAAAGCGAGGAGCCUGUUAUCACGCAGAGUCUAUCCGGUCGCAUAAUCACAGGGAUUUAUACCCAUCUGUUGCACUUGAACCCGCAGUGCGUAGGAUUCUGCGAUUUCAACGGCACCUUGAGAAUGUUCCUGCCUCCGGUCACGUUUCUUAAACACGACAGGACUAACGAGCAGUGGAUGAGCAAUUUUAUCAAGCGGCAGCUGAUCAGGAUAGAGAAUCGUACCAAUUGGCAGAAUAACUGGCGAAACACGCACCGUCAGCUCAUCGAAGAGAAGCGAAAGCUAAUAGAGCAUAUCACGGAAAAGAAGCAACUGGAACAGAUGGAGAAGGUUAAAGAUCAAUUAACGGAGGCGGAGCUGACUGCGGUGGAAAUAGCGAAGACGUCGAAACCAUGGGAAAUGAUCGAAGAGGCACGCGAACGGUGGAAAGCGAUGGAACUGAAGCACAUGCAACAAGUACUUCUAGAGAAGAAGGGUUUGAGGAAAGACGAUCUGGAAAGACAACGAGAGCCCAUUCUGAAGAUGCGAGAGGAGUCACGGAGGAAGAAAGAGAAGCUCCAGGAGACACUGGACACGCAAGGGGUGAUUUUCGAGCACACGAUUAGCGUGUUCUUUCCGGAGCGCCAAGUGGAAAGCAGACAAGCCUCGACAGGCCCGGUGACGCAGUCCGUUUCAAGGAGAACCCAUAUAGACACAACGCUGGCGGACACGAUACUACAAGGAGAAAUCUUACAGGCCACGUCUUAUGUCGAUCCGGACGAAGAGAUUCUGCGCAAUUUUAUCGAGACGCAGACGAAAAUGCUGACGUUCCUUCAACAAAAUCCACUGAUCCACACGUUCGAUUGGCGGAAAACGUUGCGAGAAGGAAAAUCCCGGCGACUUACCGUGCAUUACAAGAUUUGAUGCUCGAUGCUCCACGGCAUCGAAACUGCUUAUUCUUUGAGAUUUAGACGUUACGAACGCGACGAUCUGAAAGGAGUUCAAUCGACGAGAAAAGAAGACUGUCCCGAUCGUUAUUACUCCUCGCAUAUAAGAUCUUUCAAUUUGUGGACCGAUUAAACAUUCAAGAUUUCUUCUUUCUUCUUUCUCUUCUUUUUUAACGCGCAACCCUCAAGGACAACCCAUUUUUAAAUGCCGACCGCUUUCGAAGUUCGAACGUUCGGAAUAGCCGCAGGUCCAGAAAAAUCACGCGCAUUACAUACUUUGUUACGUAACCAUUCUUGAAAAGUACGUCGUUAUCAAGACCGAUUAACAAAAACGAAUGAAAAAUAAGGUUGACAUCGUUCCCCUUUGACAUUCUGAUAUAAUCGAAUACAGCACGAAUAUUGUACGACUGAUGCACAGAUAGCCCGCAUGCGUAAAAAUAUUAUUUCUGCACAUUCUAAACAACCGUGAGGGGAUCCACUUGCAUAAAACAGGUUCCCUUAUAAACAGAACUCUGACCAACAUUCAACUAGUUAAUCGACGAACGCGAGCCUGCGCACGUGUUUGUAGUGAGUUCCUUUCACUUCCUAAGCUUCUCCUUUAAGAUCGAACAUCUCCGUAUACGAUGCAGUAACUCGCGAGUUUUUAACCGUCGAUCGUACGAUAAUACAAAUUACAGAA